GCUGAAAUGGUAAAAAUAUGACUAUCGCCGUGUGUUUGUGGAGGAGGAUAGGGGAAUCUUGGACGAGGUCACAGACGAUCCGGAUUCAGUCUUGAGGAUUAGGGAAGGAGCGAGAAGAUGGCGGCGUGUGCUUUGGCUUUACAGUCCGUACUACCAGCAUCAGCAUCAGCAUCAUCAUCAUCAUUACUCAUCGUUACAGCCAAAAUUGCAGCGAAGACCCCUUCCCCAUCCCUACUGCAAUACCCCUACACCACCACCACCACUCGCGCAUUUACGGUGGUUUCUUUUUACAACGCUAGAAGAAUUUCCCACAAAAUUCCAUUUCGAUGCAGAUCUGCAUUGACCCCUGAGUUGCAGACCACCUUGGAUAAAGUUGUUACAUCACAAAAGGUGGUUCUUUUCAUGAAGGGAACCAAGGAGUUCCCACAAUGUGGAUUCUCACACACUGUUGUCCAGAUAUUGAAAUCACUGAAUGUACCUUUUGAAACGAUAAACAUACUAGAAAACGACAUGCUGCGUCAGGGAUUGAAGGAGUAUUCCAACUGGCCAACUUUUCCUCAACUUUACAUUGAUGGGGAGUUCUUUGGUGGCUGUGACAUCACUGUGGCUCCAAGCCCACCAUUGGAUUGCAUGAGUCAAACGUUUGUCCCACAUGCCAAAUUUUAGCUUGAUUAGAGAGGCAUAUAAAAGUGGGGAAUUGCAGGAACUGUUGGAGAAGAUACUGUGCUCCUGAUGAAUCAGAAUUUCUGAAUUCCUGUUUGGUAAAGGUUUCAUUUGUACCACUAGUCGCUCAGUGACAAGGCUGUUUUUUAAUGACAAAUGUUAGGGACACUACCACUCUCACUAACAAUCAACACUCACAAGUUUGUGUGGGUCUCAUACCAAGCUUGUGAGUAUAUUAGUAAGAUUGUUAAUAAGAGUGUUAGUGUUCCAAACAUUGUUGUGUUGUAAAUAAUAUAUGGAUUCUAAUACUGUACACUUUUUCUUUUUUAAAUUAUGGUAAGAGAAGAAGUCUUGAUUUGAGGAUGACACAGAACACAGAUGAUUGGCGAAAGGGUAUGGUUUGGGAAAGAAAAAUGCUGUUGGUUACUGAAAGCUUAAAUGAGCUGCUUAUGACUUCUGUUAUUUUGAAAUUUUUGCAUCAGACUGUUUGCUUAUAUGUACAAUAAAAGAUAGCGUAAAUAAGUUGAGUAUCCUGAAACUUGGGGAGGAGUCUUUUUUGUUUACAAAUUAUUAGCUUUCAACUUAGAACGAGCCAACAAGCUCAAUAACGUGUACUCUUUAAGUUCAGUUGGGGCCUAUGUUGUCAGGAUUUACAUUUAAAGGGGCUUUGGAUGGGGGGUAUGAUAUUGACUUUCCUUGCA